UCACAGUUCCCACCAUGAAAGCAAUUCUGCCCUGGGUUUUGCUGACUUCUAUUCCAGCCUUAAUAUCUGCUGAUUUCAUCAUAGCAGAUUUAAAGCACCAAAAGAAAAGAAGCGUCGAUGGGCACCCCACUAAACAAGUGAAGGAGCUUGAAAUUUACAGUUUUAAGGUUGAUUGCAAAAUUACAUCUCGAUUCGCUCGCAAUGUGGUGACCAGUCGGGUAGUGAACCGAGCGAAUGAGUCCAAAGAAGCUUUGUUUGAUGUACAGCUGCCCAAAACAGCCUUCAUUGCCAACUUCAGCAUGAUUAUAGAUGGGGUGGUUUACGUUGGAGUUGUGAAGGAGAAAGAAGUGGCUAAGCAGCAGUACCAGCAAGCAGUCGCACGAGGGCAGACAGCAGGUCUUGUGAAAGUAACUGGAAGGAAAAUGGAAAAGUUUAAAGUUUCAGUAAAUAUCGCAGCAGCUAAAAAAGUAACAUUUGAGCUGGUUUAUGAAGAAUUACUCAAGCGUAAACUGGGGAAAUACGAGAUGGUGAUCAGAGUAAAGCCUGAACAGCUUGUCCAGCAUUUCCAGAUUGAUGUCCAUCUGUUUGAACCACAAGGCAUUGCCUUUUUGGAUGUUAAUGCAACAUUUUUAACAAAUGAUUUAAUGCCAAUUGUGAAAAAGACUCUAACAGGAAAAAAGGCUCACAUUUCCUUCACACCAACACUGGAUCAGCAGAGUGCCUGUACCAGUUGCCAGAACACUGGCUUGGAUGGAGAUUUUAUUAUGACUUAUGAUGUGGACCGAGACCUGUCGGCUGGGAACAUAGCGAUAGUGAAUGGAUAUUUUGUUCAUCAUUUUGGACCUGCAAAUCUACCUAGAGUUCCUAAAAAUGUUGUCUUUGUGAUUGACCAGAGUGGCUCCAUGAUGUUUACAAAAAUGUUCCAGACUAAGGAGGCACUUCACAAAAUUUUAGAUGAUUUAAAUACGGAGGAUAAUUUUGCAUUCAUUUCAUUUUCUUCGAGUUUUAGAAAAUGGAAGAAUUCCUUAAUCAGAGCAACUACAGCGAACGUGGUUGAAGCUCAUAAAUAUGUUAGUGAGCUUCACGCCGGUGGAGGAACGAACAUAAAUGACCCUCUGUUGGAAGCAGCAAAACUUCUGGAUGACGCUCACAAUCUGGGGCAGGUACCCGAGAGAAGCGUCUCCAUGAUCAUUCUGCUGACUGAUGGCGACCCCAAUUCGGGAGAAUCCAAUCCCACCAAGAUCCAAUCCAAUGUUAAAUAUGCCAUCAAUAACAAGUACAACUUGUACUGUCUGGGAUUUGGUUACGAUGUUAAAUACAGUUUUCUCGAAAAAAUGUCCAUAGAAAAUAGCGGCAUAGCUCGACGGAUUUACGAGGAUUCCGAUGCAGCUUUGCAACUGCAGGGCUUUUAUAAUGAGGUGGCAAACCCACUGCUUUUGAACGUUGAAUUACAAUACUCGCAGAAUGCUGUGUCAGAUGUGACCCGGAGCACAUUUAAACAGUAUUACGAUGGCUCGGAGAUUGUGGUGGCUGGAAGGAUUGCAGACAAUGAUCUAGAUAUGUUCGUUGCUGAUAUUAGAGCACAGGACGCCAACAGUAACAUCACGAUGACUUAUGAGGUCAGUAUGUCGGAGGUUGAUAAUAUUACGCAGCAGCAACAAUAUAUUUUUGGAGACUUCACCGAACGCAUGUGGGCUUAUCUGACCAUCCAACAACUGUUACAGCAACGGAUUUCAGUUGGUUCUGAGGAGAAGAAACUUCUGACAGACAGAGCGCGAGAACUUGCCUUGAAGUAUAAUUUUGUAACUCCACUGACGUCAAUGAUUGUGACAAAACCAGAGGAACAGAUGGAUCAGGGAGAGUUUUUGGCAGAGAAACCAGUAGAAGGAGACCGCCCCCAUCAAGCACAAAAGUAUCACUCUCCAAGUCAUUCAAGGAUAUCAGCAGGUUCAUACCAUUCGACCAGCGCAGGUUCAUACCAUUCGACCAGCGUUGACAGCGAUCCUCAUUUUCUCAUUGCAAUGAGGCCACCAAAUGAUGCUGUCUGUUUCAACAUCGAUGAGAAGCCUGGUGUAAUUCUCAACUUGGUCACUGACCCGGUCACAGGUUUUGUGGUGAAUGGAGAACUGAUUGGGGACAAGAAGACAGAAAAUAAUAAGAAAGUAAACACAUACUUUGGAAAGUUUGGGCUUGUGUACAACAAAAUGGAACUAAGGAUGGAGAUCACAACACAGGAAAUCAAACUGUUCCAUGGUGCGGACAUCACAAGAUUCCCCUGGUCAGCAACAGCGACCUCAACACACGCUGGCUUCGCAAUCACCAUCAAUAAGGAAAGAAAUCUGAUAGUCACAAUGGGAGUUGAUGUAACAUUUGUUAUUCUGCUCCAUCGGGUCUGGAAGAAUCACCCACUACACCAAGACUUCCUGGGCUUUUAUACCUUGGACAACCACAGGUUUUCAAGUCAGACCCUUGGAUUACUUGGUCAAUUUUACCACCCAAUCGAUGCUGAGGUGUUCAACAUUCGCCCCGGAUUUGAUCAAGGCAAAGUGGAUGCAACAAUGUUUGUAAAAGGUCACAAGCUCACAGUAACCAGGGGGAACCAGAAAGAUUACAGACUGGACCCAAAACACGGAACCGAUGUCCCAUGCUGGUUUGUUCACAAUAGCGGAAAAGGAUUUAUUGAUGGAAACCAUACCGACUAUAUUGUUUCCACUCUGUUUGACCCAAUUAACAUCAAACCAGUCUAACUUGGAAGAUGACUAAAAGUCACUUUAGUGACCCCCUAUUAUGAACAGGAAUUAAUUUCAGUAUUAAUAGUAAAUUAAACACUCAAAAUAGUCUUGGCCCCUUUGAUUGUGUAUUGGAACGAGACAAUGAAAAUAAAUAAAGGUAAUGCAUA